GAACAACGGUUGUUGCACACACACAGCCAUCGCUCUGUAGUAUUGUACGAUGUGGCUUUGUUAUUCAGACGAAAACUGUGCAUAGUCAGUAGUUGGCUAGAGCUCUUUGAUUCAAUGUGUGGGAUUCACCUUGUCGAAAUACCAUGAUCAGUGUGGAAUCUAUUCGCUGGUGCAGUGCUGCCAGAGAGCCAGGUCCGAUGGCACCCAUGGAGUCUCAAGGCUGGAGGAAGAAGAGCACAGUGACAGUCCUUUACAGCUACUCUUAUCCAGUGGCUAAUUCAAGUACCAACAACAGCGGUAGUAACGAUGGUGGGAACGAAGUGUCUAUGCGGGAGGGAGAACGACUGAUUCUAUUGGAAAAGAGCAACACGGACUGGUGGCAGGUGCGUAGGCCAGGGGACAAGAGUCAACCCUUUUACGCUCCAGCCAACUACUUACAGGAAGAUGGAAUCAGCAAGGCCAAAAAAGCCAUUCCGUCCUCCCCUUCGUCCACCACUGGAUCGUUUCUGGGUUCGAAAUCCGGCCACAUGGCCGUCAAUCCGUCUGGUCACAACAAAUCCAAUGCCAAUCGACGUCACAUUGGCGUUUCAUCGUCAACUUCCUCUUCAAUCGCCCACUUAAACGAGACGAGUCGCAGUGACGAUUGCCUGCAUUCGCCCAUAACUGCCCGGCAACCUGACAUGAAGUCUGCUUCCGGUGGAGGCAGCAAAUGGUCCAUCCGGCAAGUUGCCAAUUCCGAGCUUCGAAAACAGCGAUCUACCUCUAUGGACGCCAUCAUGUUCCUAGAGCUUUUGGAGAACGAAAUCAAAGACAUGCCAGGAGGAGGCGGAGCCAGUGGCGAUGUAAACAAAAGAAGUGGCAAAGAAAGAAGCCACAACAACAAGUACGGAGUGGACGAUAGCCCACACAACAGGAGCAGCAGCAGCAUCGGCCGCCAGUUGAAGAGCGAGUCGCUGGUAGACAGAUUCAAGAAGCCGCGCAUAUCCAAAGAUUUGUGGGAGAGGCGGAAAUCUUGGGCUGUUGAAGAGUCGACUCCUCCCCCUCCAGUAUAUUUGAUGGGCCGCCGCCAUCCUGUCAAAGAAGAGGAGACGGCCAAUAUUAAUUCUGUCAAACGUCAUCGACGAUCGAUGCAGUCACUGUUGGCCGCUCCGCCGCUGCCACCACGUCUAUCGGUUCAGCAGGAAAACCAAUCGAGUCUCGGACGAGUGUUGCGUGAUAAGACGACGGCGACAGUUAGCCGACGUGAAUGUAAUGUCGAUGAGACCGAUAGUGGAUCCAGUGAUAAGAACAGCCACGCUGAUAAGGCGCCGGCGCUCCCACCCAAAAAGAAUCCCAAUCAAGGCGUAGAUGCAAGUGCGUCGCCUCCAGUUCGACUGCCCAAAGUGGACAAUUAUUCUCGAGUGAUACCCUUGCGAUCUUCUGCUCCUUCUCCUGGAUCGCCCCAUAUUAACAAUAAUAAUAGUAGUAGCAGUGCUGUGUCGAAAGGAAUUACUCCCAGUGUAACAACAGCCAACAACAACAACAACUCAUCCCCGCAGUCGCCGUCCACUUUUCUUGUGAGUCACAAUCGCGCCUUAUCGGAAUCUCUGGAGAAGUUGGCUCAACAGAUUCAGACGCCCCUCUCCUAUCCCCACCCUAUUCCUCCGCCACGUCGUUCAUCAUCCGAGUCCAUGGAACGGUCGGCUGGAGCUAUGGGCCAGUCCGCCAGUUCCUCGUCACCGCCAAGAUUGCCACCAAAAAACGCCAAACUCCCAGCGGCCAAACCUCCAACACCUACAGCUACUCCUAAACAACAACAACCACAGAUAUCAAUACAAAAAUUGAGCAAUUCUGAAUCGAAUUCUAAAAAGGAGGUCAAGGAUAAUUACGUCAAUUUGAUGAGACCGUUGACCAUGGUCGAUACGUUGGACGACAUUCAAAGCGACGAAUCCGGCAUCAACAUGAGUUUUAAUAAUCCGCUUUUCAAUGAGAAGGAGGACGGACAAGAUAAAGGUUCUCAAGAGCAAUUGGGUUCAAGUGUUGAUCUCGAGAGUUCAAUCGACGACGCCAUCAGUUUGAAAGCAGUCAAGACGUUGCGUGGAUCCGAGUCGAACUUGUCGGGUAGCGAACUGGAAGCCAAUUACGCCUCGUCCUGUGAAGACAUUUUGAGUUCCAAGGACUCGCUUAACUCCAUUCCCUCAGUCAAGAGCGAUCAUUCGAGAUCGCAAAUGAAUCACAACAACAACAACAACACGGGUAGUCUUACGAAACCUCCACCUGACUCUCCUGGUCCGCGCCAACGCCCAAGACGAGAACUGUUUGAAAAUUGGUUCGAAUAUGUGGAUCAGACAACUGGGCGACCUUUUUAUUUAAAUAGCGAGAAUCGGGCCAAGAGUUGGAAACCACCCAGAAGAAUAGGAACCAGUCCCAUCACACGAGGCAUUUCCAUCGAAGAAGAGAAAUUCAAUGACGGUGAUCAAUUGUCGAGUAGUGUCGACUCUCAUAACUCGUCCACCACGAACCAUCAAUCACGUCUCGUGUCAGAGGCGAUCAAGGAGGCCCAUGCCAAAAACCACACGUUAUUGAGCGUGCCACGUGGAUGGAUUGAAUCUGUAGAUCCGUCCACGGACGAAGUCUUCUACACCAACAGCCAUACUGGAGCAAAGUGGUACACCUCACUUGACAACGAGGGCCGCGUCUAUUUCUACGAAGAGGAUAGCACCGAGUCUCUGUGGUCCCUUCCUCAAGUCACAAUCGUUCCCGCUUUGACGUUAACAGAGAGUGAACCGGGUAUUCAGCAAGGCGUUUAUUAUCCGGAAGGCAGUAAACUCAGUCCCAAAAUGAACGAACAAAUGACAGUCGUCCCCGUGUCUACAUCCAAAUGGGAUAUGGUCCGUCAAAGGACGUCGAAAGCCGAUCGCAACAGCAAAACUCGAUCAAUGGUCUUGACUAACUUCAGUGGCUGUGUCGAGGACAUUGCAGUCGAGAAUGUAAGUGGAGAGUCCAGUCGUGUAACGUUAUUAGCCCCGGCCAAGACGGCCUCACUACCUCGCAAUAUUCAGCCACAAUGGCCAAAUUUGCAAGGGGGUAGCAUCGUAAGUGAUUACCUGAAAAAUCUUGAUAUCCGAGUUCUGCAACAGGGUUUUCUACACAAAACCAAACUGACUGAGAACGGCAAGAAAAUCCGUAAAAAUUGGACUUCCUCUUGGGUGGUCCUGACGGAUUUGUUCCUUUUUCUCUUCAAAGAAUCCUCGGCGAAAAUGUCUACCACAGCCGCUGGAUCGUCCACAGGAACCAACAAGCCGGAAUUAUGCGUGGAUUUGAACGGGGCGACGAUCGAGUGGGCGGCCGUCAAAUCCAGUCGCAAAGGCGUUUUCCAAGUGUCGACGCUCCUUGGCGUCCAGCUCUUGUUGCAAGACGAGGAUGAAACCAACGCUGUCGUAUGGUUCAAUGAGAUUAAACGAGCCAUUCAGCGAUUGCCUUGUGGGACAAAAGUAGAGACCUCCCAUCACUACACUUCACCACAUUCGUCGCCUUCGAUUGGUUCGAAACCCAAGAAAUUGUCGUUGGAAAAGAGUUUCUCACCGGUGGAAUCGAGGCACAAACGCAACGAUUCGCUAACACAAUACUUAAGUCCUCCUUCGCCCGACUCGCCAGUGAGCUUCAGCAAUAGCAGCAGUCUGAUGAAGCAAGGCAGCAGGAAAAACAAAUUGGGACGGACCAAAUCCACCAAAGUGCCUUUCCUUGGCAGUACGGAGGAUUUGACUGCGGUUGCACCAGGAUCAAAUCGAGAAAGACAAGAUAAUUUGAGAGACAAGCUGCGGAAAUUCUUCGUCCGCCGCCCAACUGUCGAUUCGCUCGUCAAGAAAGGCAUCUGGAAGGAUGAGCCUGUUUUUGGUUGCCAUUUGUCCGCCCUAUGCCACUUCGACGGGUCGACGGUGCCCAAAUUUGUACAGCAAGUGAUCCAGCUGAUUGAGAGCAAACAGGAGAACAUGAAAGCGGAUGGAAUCUAUCGAGCCAGCGGCAAUCUCUCGCAAAUUCAAAAGAUUCGUUGUCAGGUGGAUCAGUACAAUUGGGCCAUUUUGGAAAUCGAAGACGACGUUCAUGUAUUGACGGGUUGCCUGAAGCUCUUUUUUCGCGAACUUAAAGAACCACUUAUUCCUUGCCCACUUUUUGAGAAAGCCCUGCAGGCCACCAAUUAUCAGGGACCCAAUCCGGAACGAAUACGUCGAUAUCGAGAUAUCGUCGAGUCAUUGCCGACAGAGAACUAUGACACGUUGCAGUAUCUGUUGCAGCAUUUGCUAAAAAUCACGGAAUACCGCGAGCACAACCGAAUGCACAUCUCCAAUUUGGCCAUCGUUUUUGGACCGACUCUGAUGUGGGCUGCAACUGUCUCCAACAACCUGGCGUUGGACAUGAUGCAACAAAACCUGGUUGUUGAAGCGUUGCUCAACAACUACCACAAUAUAUUCAACAGGUGAUUCCUGAGUCCAUGGAUCGGUCCUUCCGCACACAGGACUAAACACUUGGGUCUGAUUGGAUGAAAUUAACUGGAUAGCAAAAUAAAGGAAAAUCGUCUCUUUCUCUUGUGGCUUAGAUGCCAAUUAUGGCCAGAAGUUGGCCACUGUAAAUGUUACAUGCACACACACAUAUACCCAUUCUUUCAAACUGCUGCCUUAAAUCUAUGUCUAUUAUUGAACAGUUAUAGGAAGUAUCAUGGCCGCCAUCUUGUAUACCGUAUUCGAAAUCUGAUUGUAUAAUAUGAGAUGACGGAAAGAUUUCCGUUUGUGAGAAAGGCGUUUCCUGCUUCUUUGAUUUCGUGAAUGCCUUCCCUUUUCUGUCCACACAAAUUAUUGUUAUCUUAAUGUUAUUAAACUGUUUGUGCUAAUGACGAAUAGCUUGUCAAGAUAAAGUGAGAAAUUAUAAUUAAAAGGAAAGGGUAACAAUUUUUUUGUAUUUAAGUGAAGAAUUAAAAUUAUAGACUAUUGCUGUGUGUCUAUGUGUAAUAUUGAGGUGUGACACGCAGUUUAUUAUUAUUGAAAAAUGCUUUGAUCCUUUUCGUAUGACUUUCUUUUCUUCUACCCUUUUAUUCUCUUCCUGCCCACACAUAAAAGACACACCCACACAUUCCCGGUAUAGAUUGUUUUAUCAAUAAAUUUUAAAAAAAAUGUAAACGCUGUUAAAAACGGAAAUGUGAAAUGGUAUUUCAUUUUUAAGGAACUCCAAUACAGCAAAGUUCGCCCCACUCAA